GUGUAUAUCUGUGUGACCAUACAUAUCUGUGUGACCAUACACAUCUGUGUGACCAUGCAUAUCUGUGAAGUGUAUAUCUGUGUGACCAUACAUAUCUGUGUGACCAUACACAUCUGUGUGACCAUGCAUAUCUGUGUGACCAUACAUACCUGCUUGCCGAUA